AUGCGCGAGCCGGACUGGUCAUUCACCUUCGACAACAUCUUCGCUAGACAAUUGCGCAGGGCCUUGCCCGAGCGUAGACUGGACGACCACUCUAGCACCGUUCGGCCGUGCGCCUGUUGCAGUGUCUUUGUAGAUCCUGUAACCGAGCGGCGGGAUCCUCAAGCUCGCCUCUCUGCGAUUCGCGUCGCCUCGAGGAGCUGUGCGCUCUGCAAGUUCCUCGUCCAAGUCGCCGAACGCUUUCACGAUAAUAAGAACGCUGAUGUUAGCAUUGUUCGACGUGGCGAGGUACUACGACUCGGCCGUAAAGGUCCGCAGUACCCGCCCCCCGACAGAGAUGAUAUCCCAAUCGGCUUCCCGGUCCUACCUGAGCCUGAAGGCGCUGCACGCUUCGCGCUCCUUCGAACCUGGCUCGAGUGGUGCGACACAAACCACGCUUACAACCGAGAAAACGUCAAACCCCCAAGGGCUUCACCAACCAGGCUGGUUUACGUUGGACAUGUCGAUCCAGAAGUUCUACUUCUCUACGUUCCCCAAGAUAAUGAAGGUGUGAAGUAUACUGCGUUGUCUCACCGAUGGGGCAACGAUCCCCCAUCGAAGGACAAUCCUCGAUACUGCACCACUGACAGCAAUAUCGCUGCACGACUGAAUAGUUUCAGUCUCUCUGAGCUACCAAAGACGUUUCAAGAUGCAGUCCGAGUGACCCGGGAGCUGGGCAUCGAGUAUCUCUGGAUUGACUCACUGUGCAUCAUCCAGUGGAACCCGGAAGAUUGGAAGCGCGAAGCCGGUCGUAUGGAAGACGUCUUUGCCUUAGCCUACUGCACGAUCGCUGCAACGUCGGCUGUCGAUUCGAACGCAGGGUUUCUCGCCCGAAAUGCAAGAACUGAGUACAUGCGUGUACAAGACACCACAGGUCAUCAAGUCUGUAUCUGCACCCAUAUGGAUGACUUCGAGAAGGAUGUACAAGAAGCUGAGCUCAACAAGCGAGCAUGGGUCAUGCAAGAGAGGGUCUUGGCAAAACGGACUAUCCACUUCAGCGCCAAUCAGACCUACUGGGAGUGUGGAGAGGGAGUGCACUGCGAAAACCUUACAAAGAUGAAAAGACAGACGGGUCGCAGCAUCUGGAUUGGAGGCCCGUAUCGCUGGCGCGCUGGACUGCAACAGCAAAUAUGGCAUCUUCAAAAAGCAUCUUCACAGGAAUCUCCUGUGGCAGACGUCGGUCAAGCAGACGUCGGACAAGCAGACGGAGCGUAUCGCGUAUACCAACAACCAAGAAGUACCAUCGUGGUCAUGGAUGGCAUGUAG